AUGGUGUUGGUGAGGUGGAGAGGAAAUGGAAGCAAAUUACGUGUUGAGCAGAAGUGCAGAUGGCUUGCUGAUGUUGUGUCGCAAAACCUGGACGGAGGAAGUACCGAGAUGGGCGGGUGGAAAUUGAUGAUUCUAUUGGAGAUGAGCUGCUGUAAAUCGCAGUUUGGGCAGCAUGGAAGUUGGAUUGGCGGAAUGAUGAGGAAGGGGAAUCAGACAGAGACGGUGCUUGCAGAAUCGGAAGGCGGAAGGAGAUGUUCAGUAGGAACGAUUGCUGGGUUGAUGAAAGGGGUGUUGCGAAGCGAUGCAGUUUGCGAAAAUUGGGAUGGAAGGGUGUUAACAAUGGAGGAAGGAUGGAAAUUGGUGGAUACGGUGAAGAAGAACAAGGGAAGCUUGCAGAAUGGUUUGUGA